GUCCUUCAAUUUAUUAGUUAUUACGAAGAAAAGACUUUACUGUGGCCAGAAACUUCUUGGAAUCUCAUGUCAGCGAGUAAUUCCCGACCAUUGUAUUCUACCCUUCUAGUAUAUAACCUUGAUUGCCACCAUCUUCUUUUAUUUCGCUUCAUCUUCGUUAAAUAAUGUGUAUAAAUAUACGCGGCAGCUGCUACUUGCAUGGUGGCCAUCGUCGGUAAACAACCCGGACAGAGACAGACUGGUGAUCGCAGUGGAUUGAAAUGAAGUUACGUGCUUAACGUGGUUACGGUUCGUCCUCUACAUUUUGACACCUUGUAAUCGUAUAUGCGUAACUCAGUUACACAUACAAGGUUCGGCUCUCACGUGUGUACCCACCUUAAAACAUGAGGAGUUCUAUCCCUCGAACAUGUGUCACCAACCAGUAGCGCUAACAUUUUCCUGGAAUGAUGUCCAACAUUAGGAAUGACGGCAUCCGCUGGUUACGUUACCAUCUACUAAACAUUCAGCGAAGAUCGGGGAAUCCCCGAAUGAGACUGAAAUGUAAAAAGCACGGCAAAACGACAGAGUAUUUUCACCCGUCCACUUCACAUAACAACACAUAAAUAAAUAUUUUGGGCGUCUAUCAUACGUCAGUCAUCCUCUCUCGUCCAGACUCUGGUAACACAUCCGUCAAUCAGAGUAUUUUCACCCGUCCAUUUCAAUUAAACAACAAAUAAAUUUACUAAAUAUUUUGCAAUCCACCCGUCAUCCAUCACUCACCCUGUUUCAUCCAAACGCCCCAACACGCCUUUCAAACAAAGCAACUUCGCAUAACAGCAGCUAGUUUCACCCGGCCUUUGCAACUAAAAAAAUAAAAAUAUUGCAAUCCAUCUAUCAUCCGCCAAUCAACCUCUCUCAUCCAAACGGGCCUGACAGUAGUAGGCUUCUAAUCUGCAAAGUCAACCGAAAAGGAUGAAUAACCUCAGGACGGAUUCCUUAAGUCUAGGCACAAGUCAUCCAGAUGAACCACUGCCACCUCCUCCUCCGCAGGGCACCAAGCCUUCUUUUCAGAGGCCUGGCGUCCGUCAGCCGCCGACUUCGGGCGUCCAGGGUCCUCGGGUCAUCAACAUAACCGGAAGCAGCGGCGUCCACAUAGGAGCAGUCUUCAAUAACGUGUCGGUCAAACCCAAACCGAAAUGCGACCCGAAGGAUAUGCCGCUGCAGAGGGACGUGGAUGCACUGAAGCUAUGCUGCAGAGAAAUUGAGGAGAGAGACAAGUUCUUGGUAGGAGAGCACCUGGGGCAGGCCUGGAAGAGCCUCGGACGCGCCAUGAAUUUUUCCAGUGGCCAGCUGGAAAACGUCGACGCGGAUUUUACCAGGAGUGCUGACAAAACCGUCGAGCUCCUCAACUUGUGGCACGACAGGGAAUCACAGAGAGCUACUGUGUCUAGGCUUGUGGCUCUCAUCCUGGAAGUCAAAGCUUAUCACGUUUUGAAGCAUUUGAAGCCACGAUAUUCGUAGCCCUCUCUCAGUCUUUUUUUUUUUUUUCUUUUUAUACAAUGCUGUUACAUCUUUCCCAACUAUGUCAAAGUUUACGUUUUGAUAUUUUUUUGUAUAUAAGAAUCGUAUUUCAUCCAGUGUAGCUAAGCUGAGUGGACGAGUACUUAAACAAUAUGAAUUAUAUUAAAAAUGUGUUA